AUGGGGCUGAUCCAUCUGGAAAACCUGGAGCAGUGCCAAGAUGAAUGGAGACGCAAGACGGAGGCUCGAGUCAAUCAAGAGACACUCAUGGAUCCCCCAAGACUGGAUUCCCCCCGUUCCUUACGUGCAUGCGCAUUGUGUGGCAUCGAUCCUGCCACCUCGCUGGAGUCGCUCUCUCUUCGUCAGCACUUCGAGCAGGUUGUGAGCGGUGCACCUUGGGUUGACCGGAGUGUUUCCACGAGUGUCAGAGCCCAAGACGCAUUGAAUGCAUGCGAGGAGUCGGGAAUUCUUACAGGUUCCACACAACAGAAGAUGCAAGCCUAUAGUAAUUUUUUGCGUUACGAGGAGAAUCGUAGAGAUGCACUUAUGUUGGCGCAGGAGCUUCGUCGACAGUUGAUUGCGGAGGAGAUCUUUGAGCGACGACGGAGGGUGCAUGUUGACCGUGGCAGCGGACUUGUUUCUUCUCUUUGUGAAUUGGGCUCUGAGAGUCGACUGGAGCACGACGUCCUGCAAGUUUCAUUGCGGCCCAAUGGGGGUACGCUUGCCGCAGAGGCGUGGCCUGUGCCUCCCAGUGGCGGUACCGCGAUGGUUCCAAUGGAACCGAAAAAACAAGCAAAAGGAAAGGAGUGGCAGCCUCUGGAGAGGAGAUGGUUGGGCAGCCCACCAGAUGAAAAUACAACAGUCAGUGCCGCCGCAAAGGGUACUCUGACGGAGACGGCAUUAGAGGAUGAUCACAAAUCCAUGAGAACUGCAGCAGCAACCGUGGCAGGGACGGCGGUAGAGGCGAAGGAGGUGCAGAUACUAGAGGAGAACGCGCCACCGGCGCCACCCAUUUCUUCCCGUGAACAGGACGAGGUGUUUUACUACUAUUGUGCAAAUGCCAUGGUUACAGGACGGAUUUCGAAGUGUCGUGAAAAUAGUUUUUUUUGA